CUGAAUCAGUUUACUUUUGUAACAGCCAAUCAAGUAGAUUUGAACUCAUGACGUAACAAGAUGAUAUUGGGUAUAAAAAGGAUCGAAUUAUGGAUGAUACGGUACCAGACAAUCUCAGGAAACGGUCCCUUUAUACUUGUCUAAUAUUCAGAAGGUCAGGAUGAUCCGUUUCUGUAUAGCCACCCUCUUGGUUGCUUGCGUCGCAGCCGGAAGUUACGGUGUCCACAAACCCGUCCACCAUGGUCCCGUUCACGGACCAGUUGGUCAUGGUCCCGUACUUCAACAUGGAUCAGUCAACCAUGGAUCUGUGCACUUGAACCCUUUUGCUAGAGGACCCGGUCUGCAGCACAGUCCCCUAUGGAACGCUUUGAAUAAUGGCAGAAGAACCUUGUCUGGAUCCGGUGGUCACAUCUCAAAAUCCCUCACUCACCAUGGUAAAUCCAUCCACGUGAAUGAUGGUCGCAACACCGCCACCGCCACUCACCACCACGACGGUAGCGUAAGCGCCAACGUUCUCCCCAACCACGUCUUAGGUCAAGGUAUUCACCCCUCAGCUGUCCGCACUCUUGGACAAGCUGGUCGUGUUGGAUCUUUGGGUCCAGUUGGUGCAGGUGGACCUUUAGUCGGUGGGCCAGCUGGACCAUUGAUCCCAGGACCUGGGCCAUACGGACCCGGACCAAACCUUUCUGGUGGACUUAUUGCCCCUGGACUUAAAAGAAAGGGUGGCUACUAAAGGACUGCUGUUCUCUAGGUAGAUCUUGGGUGUGGAGUGAGAUAUAUGUGUCUGGUGUACAUGUGUAUAUCAAUAAAAUACUCAAAAAAUUCUUAA